AUGCUUAGUUUGGUGUGUAUUACUGGAGUUUUUAUUUUAUUGGGAGAGUGCAUGUGAUUAGCACAAGGCCAAUCAGUGCUGUCCAGACAGAGGCCAGGGGUUAUGCAGCCUCAUAGGACAAUCAGGGGAGAAUGUAAGCUCUUCCUACAAGCUUUAACCAGUGCUCAGCUGGACACUGAUAGAAGUCACAAGACUGCUCUAAGUGCUGAUAAAAAAAAGGUAUUUAGCAGUUCAUAUUUACUAAAAUAAUUGCAUUUCAAUGUUCUGUGUACUGUGGGAGACCAGAUAGAGUGAAUGCAGGGGCCUGGG